AUGAAUGAGGCUUUGAGGCAAGCAAAGGAGAAUCUAGCUGUGGCUGAGUCGAAUGAUCUCGGCACAUACUGGACUGGAUCGAGCAACAGCGUCAAGAUAAUGCUUUCUGAGGAUUCCACAACGCAAGUUGACGGGAAAGGACAAUCCAGAGGUCCUACAGGGAGUAUCUCAUCGGAAGCCACAAGGCCGGAAAGGUCCACGAGAAAUCAUCAGAGAAGACAAGGAAAGGCACACUCGGUUCUUCGACCGAUCAGCCCGUCAAAAUUUAUUUCAAAAAGCCACUCGGCAAAACAGGAAGAACGUCGAAAUAUGAUUCCCGCGAUAAUAUUCAUCACCUCAAUUUUGAUGCUGAAGAGCCUAGAGAGGGGUUUCCCGAUUCUGUUUUAUCCGCUAGGGCCAGAUAUGGACGAGAAUGUUGAUGGCGAAAGAGCUUUGAGGAGCAAGCAAUAUUUGUCUUCGAUUCUCGAACAAAGUCUACAGGUGGAUUAUGCCUCAUUCCAGGAUGCCAACGACGCCACAGCAUGGAAAUGCAAAUCGAAUUACCAGGGCGCAAGCCAAAGUGACUAUAUCAGAGAUAAAAAGCCCUGUUUCAUUUUCAAGCGCUCCACCAGCGAAAUAUUGACUUAG